GGCGGGGCGGGUAUAAAGCAGCGGCUCCCGGCAGGUGAGCGCACACACCGCGGACACCACGAUGGCGAACUCCGGGCUGCAGCUGCUGGGCUUCGUUAUGUCGCUGCUGGGCUGGAUCGCGCUGAUCGCCGCCACCAUCAUGCCGCAGUGGCGGAUGUCUUCCUACGCCGGGGACAACAUCAUCACCGCGGUGGCCGUGUACCAGGGGCUGUGGAUGAGCUGCGCCACCCAGAGUACCGGCCAGAUCCAGUGCAAGGUGUACGACUCCAUGCUGCAGCUGGACGCUGCUCUGCAGGCCACUCGUGCCCUGAUGGUGGUCUCCAUUGUGGUGGGGAUGUUUGGCUUGGCCAUCUCUACUAUGGGUAUGAAAUGCACAAAAUGUGGAGGAGAUGACAAGGUGAAGAAGGCUCGGAUUGCGAUGACUGGGGGAUUCGUCUUCCUGCUUGCUGGUCUGGCUGCGCUCAUUGCCUGCUCCUGGUAUGGAAAUCAGAUCAUCCGUGACUUCUACAACCCACUGACCCCAAUCAACACCAAGUACGAGUUUGGUGCCGGGGUGUUCAUUGGCUGGGCUGGCUCGCUCUUGGUUAUACUAGGAGGUGCCCUCCUGUCUUGCUCUUGUCCCCGCAAAAACAACUCCGGCACCAAAGGAUACCCCAAGAGUGGUGGGGCACGAACAAAAGCCCCCUCCAGUGCCAAGGACUAUGUCUGACCCCAGGGUGUAACUACACUAAAGUGACAUUCUCCCAGGUUCCAUCUUCAGUCCACGAUACAGCACUUUGAAGGAAGUAUGAGCAGAUGAUGCAGAGAACUGUGCGGUGACCUCACGGAGGCUGGCUUGGAGCUACUGAGCGGCCAUGUUGGACUUUCUCUCCUCCUUUUGUCUGUAUUUUGCUUCUGGGGAGGACUCCUGUGUGGGGUUUGCAGUGUCGGAGUACUGAGGCGGCAGCUCUCGUUACUUCUCUUCACCUGCUCUCUUUUGCACCAUUUUAGCUGUGGCAACCUAAUGUCUGAGUUUAGAGUUAUUCUGUGGGGGGGGGGUUUAGGUAAAGGACCAUGUCUGACCAGUUCUAGAAUACUGUGAGUGUCCCUGGAACCCAGGAGUCUGGUUAGUGGGGGAAGGGGUUGUGGUUUAUCAGUAACUGUUUCCCAUUUUUAUUCAUUUUUGUAAAUAAAUGUUUUGGAAUAUAA